CCGCACCGCUUGUCAGACGCGCAGAUUGGCGUGCCGCGAUGUCGCUUUCCGCAAUGAGGACGUUGAUGGAAUUACAAUCAAACUAAAACAUGUCUGAAGUAAGAAAAUUCACUAAAAGGUUGAGCAAACCUGGAACGGCUGCGGAGCUCAGACAAAGUGUGUCGGAGGCGGUGAGGACGUCCAUUGCUGUGGAGCAGCCCAAGAUCAUCGAGCCGCUGGACUAUGAGAAUGUGGUGUUCCAGAGGAAAGCUCAGAUCCACAGUGAUCCACAGAGAGACCUGCUGCUGUGGCCAGCUGAUGAUGUAUCAGAAGCACAGAUUGAACGCCAAAGGAGGACCAUUGUUCCUUCAGUUCCUCAAAAUGCUGAGAACGAAGCAAAAAGCCUGUUUGCCAAAGAGUGCAUUAAGAUGUACAGCACCAACUGGCACGUCAUCAACUAUAAUUACGAGGCCUACUCUGGAGAUUUCCGGACGCUGCCCUGUAAAGGGAUGAAGACGGAAAAGCUUCCCAACCAAGUGUUUGAGGUGGAUGAGGGGGAGGAGGAUUCAUCAUCUCUUUGCUCUCAGAGAGGAGGUGUAAUGAAGCAGGGCUGGCUGCAGAAGGCCAACAUCAACAGCAGUCUGUCUGUCUCCAUGAAGGUGUUCAAGAGGAGGUAUUUCUACCUGUCUCAGCUCCCCGAUGGUUCUUACAUACUGAAUUCAUACAAAGAUGAGAAAAACUACAAAGAAUCAAAAGGCUCCAUCUAUCUGGACUCCUGUAUUGAUGUAGUUCCGUGUCCUAAGAUGAAGCGCAAUGGCUUUGAGCUGAAGAUGCAGGAAGGUAACAGUCACUAUCUGGCGGCAGACAGCGAGGCCGAGAUGGAGGAGUGGGUAAACACGCUGAAACAGACCUUACUGAGCGCGAUGGAUGACAGGAGGAACGGAUCAGAACCUUCUGAAGGGUCUCUGGAUGACGACAGCAGUAGUCAGGGGAAACCAGAGAACAUUGCGGAGAGCUUUGGCCGGAGUCUUCAUCCAGAGCUAAUGAAGUAUGCCAGAGAAACCGACCAGCUGAAUAAAAUGAGCAGGAAUGAAGGUCGACAGAAGAUCUUCACCCUGGAUCCUGAGACGCAGAGAUUGGAUUUUUCAGGCAUCGAGCCUGACGUGAAGCCAUUUGAAGAGCGAUUUGGACGAAGAAUCAUGGUUAGCUGUCACGACUUGUCCUUUAGCCUUCAAGGAUGUGUCAGUGAGAAGAAUGAUGCCAUCUUAACCAAUGUAGAGCCGUUCUUCAUCAGCCUAGCGUUGUUUGAUCUGUCCAAAGGUUGCAAGAUCUCUGCAGACUUUCAUGUUGACCUCAAUCCACCCUGCGUGAGGGAAAUGCUUCAAGAAGCUUCUCCGGGGACACCAACAGAACCAGAAGGAGGAUAUGGAUAUGAAACAGUCAGGGUAAACGGGCACGGUCUGCCAGUUCUCCAGAGGGUCGCGGAGUCUCUUAUACGCUUCCCCACUCAGGGUAGUUUCUCCGUUACCAACCCCCACACAGACAUCUUCCUGCUGGCCCGGGUGGAAAAAGUUUUACAGAACGGCAUCACCCAUUGCGCUGAGCCCUACAUUAAGACCGCCGACAUCAGCAAGGCUCGAAACAUUGCAAUUUGUGUUCAGUUCAAGGAUUCUGAUGAUGAAGGAGCCGCCCCGUUGAAGUGCAUCUAUGGCAAGCCAGGGGAUCCACUUUUCACCACCAGUGCUUUUGCUGCAGUUUUGCAUCACAAUCAGUGUCCAGAGUUUUAUGAUGAGAUUAAAAUCGAGCUUCCUGUUCAUGUCCAUGAGAAGCAUCAUGUUCUCUUUACUUUCUACCACAUAAGCUGUGAGCUUGGCAACAAAACCACCACCAAGAAACGGGAUGGAGUGGAAACACUGGUGGGUUACUCCUGGGCUCCUUUAUUGAAGGAUGGCAGAAUACAGUCCUCAGAGCUACAACUUCCUGUGUCUGCUAAUCUACCAGCUGGUUACAUCUAUGACAAAAGCCAAGACUCAGAGAAGUGUUUUCCAUAUAUCAAAUGGGUGGAGAAUGCCAAACCAUUAUUUAAAGUGCGAGCAUAUGUAGCAUCAACAAUUUACGCUCAGGAUUUGCACCUCCACAAUUUCUUCCAGUAUUGCCAGCUGAUGAAGUCAGCGUCACAGGGCAAUCCUGCUGAACUCGUCAAGUACCUAAAGUGCCUACAUGCAGUAGAGACUCAGGUCAUCAUCAAGUUCCUGCCUACGGUGCUCGUUCAGCUCUUUGAAGUCCUCACUAUGGCAAGCAAAGAGAGUCAAGAUAUUGCUGUCAACUCCACACGGGUAAUCAUUCACAUAGUGUCUCAGUGUCAUGAGGAGGGUCUGGAACAUUACCUACGCAUGUUUCUGAAGUACGUGUUUCGGAUCAACAACGCAACUUCAGAAAACUCUGUGUCGACGCAUGAAGUUUUGGCUACAGCAGUGACUGUCAUCCUCAAACAAACUGCAGACUUCAACACCUGCAACAAACUCCUCAAGUAUUCAUGGUUCUUCUUUGAGACCAUGGCCAAGUCAAUGGCACAAUACCUCCAGGACGGCAACAGAAUGAAAAUGCCUCGAGCGCAGAGGUUUCCAGAAUCGUUCCACCAAGCGCUGCAGUCCCUGCUGUUGUCAAUCAUGCCUCACAUCACCAUACGCUAUGUGGAGAUCCCAGAGGAGGCCCGCUGUGUCAACGUUAGCCUGGCCUGCUUCAUCAAGCGCUGCCUUACGUUCAUGAACCGAGGAUUUGCUUUCAGCUUGAUAAAUGAUUACAUGUGUGGCUUCAGCCUGAAAGAUCCAAAGGUGCUUACAGAGAUGAAAUUUGAUUUCCUUAUGACGGUUUGCAACCAUGAGCACUACAUUCCUCUAAACCUGCCCAUGGCAUUUGGCCGAACUAAGUUGCAGCGAGUCCAGGAUCAGAGUUUGGAGUUCAGCCUGACUGAGGAUUACUGCAAAAACCAUUUCCUGGUGGGUCUGCUUCUGCGAGAGGUUGCUGAUGGACUCCAGGGCUACCCCGAGAUCAGACAGCUGGCUGCAGCUGCACUCAAGAACCUCAUGAUCAAACACGCCAUGGACGACAGAUACAAUGCUUUCAAGAGUUUGGAGUUCAGCCUGACUGAGGAUUACUGCAAAAACCAUUUCCUGGUGGGUCUGCUUCUGCGAGAGGUUGCUGAUGGACUCCAGGGCUACCCCGAGAUCAGACAGCUGGCUGCAGCUGCACUCAAGAACCUCAUGAUCAAACACGCCAUGGACGACAGAUACAAUGCUUUCAAGUUACACAAGCGCGGUUCCACAAAGAGCAAUGUACCCACCGCUGGCCGUUUGGGGCAGUAUGAGAUCAGAGGGCUGCUCCUGUGUUUCCUGCAUAUUGUAAGAACUUUGUCAGAUGAUACUCUGAUGACCUACUGGUCUAAAGUCAAUCCACAAGACAUCAUGAACUUCCUCAGUCUGCUCGAGAUCUGCAUAGUCCAGUUCCGCUAUUUGGGCAAGCGCAACAUCAGCCGAAGCCUGGAGCCCUGGGUGUCGAAACUCUUCUCAUCUGAGAGGAAGUCUCAGACCAUGCCGGUGCUGCGAGGUCGAGGAAGCCUAAUGCAAGCAAAGCUGCAGCAGUUUAGCACUAUGGACACCUCAUUAACCCUGAACAUGGCUGGAGGUUCCACAGAAGCAGAGAUCAACCAUCAGUGUCUGCUUGAGGGGAAUAUGUCGACAGAGGCCUGCCUUACCGUGCUGGAUGUCCUCUCACUCUUCACUCAGAGCUUCAAGAAUCAGCUGCUGGACAGUGAUGGUCACAAUGCUCUGAUGACGAAGGUCUUUGACACGUACCUCACUUUACUGAAAGUCGGACAAUCAGAAACAGCAAUCAAACACAUCUUUGCCUCUCUGCGAGCCUUUAUCAUCAAGUUCCAGGUUCCCCUUUUUAAGGGCCGUGUAACUCUGUGUGGUUCGCUGUGCUAUGAAGUCUUGAAGUGCUGUAUGUCUAAACAAAGUGUCCUACGUGGGGAAGCAUCUGCCCUUCUAUACUUGCUCAUGAGGAACAAUUUUGAGUACACCAAGAGGAAAAGCUUCCUGCGCAUGCACUUACAGAUCAUCAUCGCUGUGAGCCAGCUUAUCGCUGAUGUGGCGCUUACCGGCAGCUCACGUUUCCAGGAGUCACUGUCCAUCAUCAACAACUUUGCCAACAGUGAUAAAGCCAUGAAGACCACCACGUUUCCAUCUGAAGUGAAGGGUCUGAUGAUGAGAAUUCGUACGGUUUUGAUGGCCACUGCUCAGAUGCGUGAGCACGAAAAAGACCCAGAAAUGCUGCUCGACCUACAGUACAGUCUCGCCCGCUCAUACGCCAGCACUCCAGAGCUCCGGCGGACCUGGCUGGACAGCAUGGCACGAGCACACAGCAAGAAUGGAGACUUCUCUGAGGCUGCUAUGUGUAAUGUUCAUGUUGCUGCAUUGGUGGCAGAGUAUUUGCACAGGAAAAAGCUGUUCCCAAGUGGACUGGCAGCUUUUAAGAAGAUCACCCAGAACAUCGAUGAAGAAGGAGCUAUGAAAGAAGACAUGGGGAUGCAAGAUGUGUACUACACUGAGGAUGUCCUUGUAGAGCAGUUGGAGGUGUGUGUGGAAGGUCUAUGGAAAGCCGAGAGGUUUGAGCUCAUAACACACAUUGCGAGACUCAUCAUUCCAGUUUACGAGAAGCGGCACGAGUUUGAGGGCUUCUUUGAAGAAGAGGAUGGAAAAGAAUACAUCUACAAAGAGCCAAAGCUCACAAGCCUGCCUGAAAUUUCCCAUCGGCUCAUAGGUCUCUACGGAGAAAAGUUUGGAGCUGAGAAUGUCAAAAUCAUCCAAGACUCCAACAAAGUUAACCAGAAAGAUCUGGAUCCGAAGUUUGCGUAUAUUCAGGUCACAUUUGUCAAGCCCUAUUUUGAUGAGAAAGAACUGGCUGAGAGGAAGACAGACUUCGAAAAGUCCCACAACAUUCAGCGUUUUGUCUUCGAGACUCCAUUCACACUAACGGGAAAGAAACAAGGAGGGGUUGAGGAACAGUGCAAGCGGCGAACGAUACUUACCACUGCCAACACAUUUCCCUAUGUAAAGAAGCGCAUCAAGGCAGUGGGAGAUAAGCACUUGGAACUGAAGCCGAUUGAUGUAGCAAUAGAUGAGAUGAAAGAGAGGAGCGCUGAACUCGUUAAGCUCUGCUCUAAUCAGGAGGUUAACAUGAUCACACUUCAACUCAAACUCCAAGGCUGUGUUAGUGUGCAGGUGAACGCAGGACCGAUGGCCUAUGCCCGAGCUUUUCUGGAUGAAUCCAAAUCUGGUCAAUCCAGUAAAAAAGUUAAGGAGCUCAAGGAAAUAUUCAGGCAAUUUGUCAAUGCAUGCAGCAUGGCUCUGGACAUUAACGAGAGACUCAUUAAGGAGGAUCAGUAUGAGUAUCACGAGGGACUAAAGGCUAACUUCAAAAGCAUGGUGAUAGAACUUUCGGAUAUCAUCCAUGAGCAGAUCUUCCAGGAGGAUAUGAUGCGUUCCCUGCUGCAGAACUCUCUUCAUGUGUUCAGUGCUAUCAGUGGAACCUCCACUGACCUGAGCUAGAACCUGAUGGACAAUCAGCUCUCCUCGCACCUGAAUGUACAAACCAAGAUUCUAGGCCUUCAGCAAGCAUCAUGUUUUUACUUGUUGUGUAAAUAUUGCUUUUUACAGUUCAUUUUAAUGGCAGCAUGAAGUCAAAAUCGACCCUAUUUACUUUCUUAAUGCACAUUCCUGGUCUUAUCAUGUUUGCAUUGAGGUUCCUUUUAAGCUCGCAUCACCAAGCCACCUUGUUUUUCAACACUUACUCUCUUACCGUUAUGGAAACCUAUUUCCACCACAUAAGAAAAAAUGUCAUGGUUUCGUAUAUCAUAAUUAUGACAUAAAAGGUCAAAAUUAUAAUAUCUCAUUAUGAUGAUAUAAAGUCAAUUAUGACAUGAACUUGAUAUUCUGACAUAAAAAGUCAUUGUUAUGAGAUAAAAGUAAAAAAUGGACUGAAUUCAGUUA